GAAAACCCAAAAAACAAAAUCCCCCAAUUUUUUCUACCUUUUUAAAAAAUGCACUACUGUGUGCUGAGCGCUUUUCUGCUCCUGCAUCUGGUCACGGUCGCGCUCAGCCUGUCUACCUGCAGCACACUCGAUAUGGAGCAGUUCAUGCGCAAGAGGGUCGAGGCGAUCCGCGGGCAGAUCCUCAGCAAGCUGAAGCUCACCAGCCCCCCAGAAGAGUAUCCUGAGCCUGAGGAAGUCCCCCCGGAGGUGAUUUCCAUCUACAACAGCACCAGGGACUUGCUCCAGGAGAAGGCGAGCCGGAGGGCGGCCGCCUGCGAGCGCGAGCGGAGCGACGAGGAGUACUACGCCAAGGAGGUUUACAAAAUAGACAUGCCGCCCUUCUUCCCCUCGGAAACUGUCUGCCCAGUUGUUACAACACCCUCUGGCUCAGUGGGCAGCUUGUGCACCAGACAGUCCCAGGUGCUCUGUGGGUACCUUGAUGCCAUCCCGCCCACUUUCUACAGACCCUACUUCAGAAUUGUCCGAUUUGACGUCUCAGCCUUGGAGAAGAAUGCUUCCAAUUUGGUGAAAGCGGAGUUCAGAGUCUUUCGUAUGCAGAACCCAAAAGCCAGAGUGCCUGAACAACGGAUUGAGCUGUAUCAGAUUCUCAAAUCCAAAGAUUUAACGUCUCCAACUCAGCGCUACAUAGACAGCAAAGUUGUAAAAACGAGAGCAGAAGGCGAGUGGCUGUCCUUUGACGUGACUGAUGCUGUCCACGAGUGGCUUCACCAUAAAGACAGGAACCUGGGAUUUAAGAUAAGUUUACAUUGUCCCUGCUGUACUUUUGUACCAUCAAAUAAUUACAUCAUUCCAAAUAAAAGUGAAGAAUUAGAAGCAAGAUUUGCAGGUAUUGAUGGCACCUCCACAUAUACCAGUGGUGAUCAGAAAACUAUAAAGUCCACUAGGAAAAAAAACAGUGGGAAGACCCCACAUCUCCUGCUAAUGUUGUUGCCCUCCUACAGACUUGAGUCACAACAGAGCAACCGGCGGAAGAAGCGUGCUUUGGACGAGGCCUAUUGCUUUAGAAAUGUGCAGGAUAAUUGCUGUGUACGUCCACUUUACAUUGAUUUCAAGAAAGAUCUUGGGUGGAAGUGGAUCCAUCAGCCUCGAGGGUACCAAGCUAAUUUCUGUGCUGGAGCGUGCCCCUAUUUAUGGAGCUCCGACACUCAGCACUCUAAGAUUCUCGGCUUAUAUCACAACUUAAAUCCAGAAGCAUCUGCGGCUCCUUGCUGUGUGCCCCAAGAUUUAGAACCGCUAACCAUUCUCUACUAUAUCGGCAAAACCCCCAAGAUUGAACACCUUUCUAACAUGAUCGUGAAGUCCUGCAAAUGCAGCUAAAAUUCUUGGAAAGAUGGCAAGAUGAAAAUCCCAAUGAUGAGGAUAAUGACAGUGACGAUGACGACCACAAUGAUGAUAUUUGUUGACAAGAAAACCUAAGAGAGCCUUUGGUCAUCGGUGUUAAAAAUUUUUUUUUGAGAAAGCGGUACUAGUUCAAACACUUUGGAAGUUUGUAUUCUGAUUGUUACAACUGGCAUCUGAAACAAAAAAGAUGACGGCCUUAUUCUACAUUUCACCUACUUCGUAAGUGAGAGAGACAAGAAGCAAAAUCUUUUUUUUUUUUUAAGAAAAAAUAAACACUGGAAGAAUUUGUUAGUGUUAAUUAUGUGAACAAACAAACAAAAAACAGGAAAAAUCCCGUUAAGUGGAGUCGGUGUACGUACCGUUCCCAUCCCAUCCCUCACUUGAUUUUUCUGUAUUGCUAUGCAAUAGGCACUCUUCCCAGUCUCACUCUUAGAGUUAACAGUGAGUUAUUUAUUGUGUGUUACUAUAUAAUGAACGUUUCAUUGCCCUUGGAAAACAAAACAGGUGUAUAAAGUGGAGACCAAAUACUUUGCCAGAAACUCAUGGAUGGCUUAAGGAACUUGAACUCAAACGAGCCAGAAAAAAAGAGGUCAUAUUAAUGGGAUGAAAACCCGAGUGAGUUAUUAUAUGACCAAGUAAGUCUGCGUUAAGAUAAAGACCCUGAAAGCACAUGUUAUGUACCAAUCGCCUAAGGAAGCUUCUUGUAAGAUCCCAAAACUUAAAAAGCCUGUUAAUAAAAGAAACUUUCAGUCAGAAUAAUUCUGUAAGAUUUUCUUUUUCUUUUUAAUUGUAAAUGGUUCUUUGUCAGUGUAGUAAACCAGUGAAAUGUUGAAAUGUUUUGACAUGUACUGGUCGAAUUUUGGACCUUAAAGUAUUGCUGUUUAGCUGCGCUAUAAGUUUUUUCCUUUCUUUUGGUAUGUGUAACCGUACCUAUAUUAUUAAAAUAGAUGGGUAUAGAAGCCAGCAUAAUUGAAAACACAUCUGCAGAUCUCUUUUGCAAACUAUUAAAUCAAAACAUUAACUACUUUAUGUGUAACGUGUAAAUUUUUACCGUAUUUUUUAUAUUCUGUAAUAAUGUCAGCUAUGAUUUAGAUUGGACUUAAAUUUGGGCUCCUUUUAAUGAUCACUCACAAUUGUAUGUUUCCUUUAGCUGGCCAGUACUUCUGAAUAAAGCCCCUGUAUUUUGACUUGCACUACAAAUACAUUUUUGUUAGUAUUUUCUCUACUUGAGCUUUGUGUAUUAUCCAUUACUAUGACAUAAGCUACCUGGAUCUAUUGUUUUUUUCUUUUACAAAAAGGAUAGAUUCGAGUUCAGUGGUCUUCCUUCAUCUUCUCAGUAUCAUCACUGUUCAAGUGUAAAGUGUUAAAAAGCUUCUGUGUUAGGAGAAUGGGGAAUGUUCCUGAUACAUAGAAAUGUUUUAGUUUUGGCAGGAGUUUAAGGAUCUGAGUAAAACUCAGAAUCCUGGCAACUAAGUUAAGAAAGUUUCUCUACCUUGGUUCAAUCAGUAUUUGCACAUAGUUCUAUUGUUAAAAAGUAGACAGUUCAUAGGAAACAUCUUUUCCUUUAACCAGAUUUCUUAGUGUUCUGGGGGAAAUUGACAGAUAUACAUGGGUCAUUACAAAAGUUAUGAGAGACACAAAAAUCAAGAAACAUAAAAUCUGCAUGGAUGGAAACAAAUGAAGCCCUCCCAGCUACACUGAUAAGCCGAGCAAGCUGAAACUUGCUCGGGUGACUCAGAAAGGACGCUGUUGACGGUGUUUCUUGGAAGUGAAGUAAUGGACCGUAACAGUCUCCAAACCUUCGUAGUGACCUACGUACAUUAUAGUUGAUUUUUCAAAAAGGAAAAAUGUCCAGGUCAGCCGAAGUCAUUUUGUUUAUUUCCUUGAAGUUAAGGUUUUAUAUAUAAUGUUUUUUGAAGGUGAAAAGACCCAAGUCAAGUUUGAUGAUCAAAACAUCCUUUCCUCUGAAUGAGUUACCUACAUCUGCAGCUAGCGUUUAUCUUGCUUUAAUAAAUAAUUUGUGGGGAGGUAUUCUUGCUUUGGGUUUGUAGGAUGUGUCAAUUUGUUACUUGUCACUUAUUUAAGUUUAAGAUAAAAAUUAAUAGGCAAAAUAAUGAAUUUUUUGCAGCUUCACCUAAAUGGCAGCAUAGCGAGGCGUGAAUCUAAAGUGAAAUUGUUUGAUAAGGUAUACGUCUUUUUUGGAAUUUCUUGACCAUUAAUUAAAGUGAAGAAUUGGGUCUGCAAGUUUGAAAACUGGAAAAGCCAGCUAAACCCCCUUGUGUUGGAUGUAGCCCAAUACCAGAUUUGAGAGUGUUGACUAUCUUUUUGUCUUCCACUUUGAUAUGACUUCUAUGUAAAUCACUUUUAUUCUACAGGUCUUUUCCUCUCAGAUAGGAUGACAUUUUGUUUUGUAUUAUUUUGUCUUUCCUCGUGAAUGCACUGAUAAUAUUUUAAAUACUCUAUUUUAAAAUCUCUUGAAUCUUGUCUUUUUAAUUUGGGGGUUCUAAUAAGGUCUUUAUUUCCCAUAAGUAAAUAUUGCCAUCGGGGUGGAGGGAGGUGGGAAAGAAUCAGGGUUAGGAUGGGUUUGGGGUAGCAGUUUUUAUUGAAUUUGUGUUAAGCAGCAGUACAAUUUUAUGGUUGGCAUGGUUUAAAAGAAUGGAAUAUAAGAAUAGCUGUUUUGUAUUUUGAUGACCAAUUACGCUGUAUUUUAACACAAUGUAUGUCUGUUUUUGUGGUGCUCUAGUGGUAAAUAAAUUAUUUCAAUGA